AUGGCGCGCGUCGGCCGAGUCGGCUUCCUGCUGAUUGCAGCGGCAUUUCAUCUGAUGUACCUGUACUCGAUUUUCGACAUCUAUUUCGUCUCUCCCAUUGUCAGUGGUAUGCGAUCAUAUGCCGUCGACCGCGAUCCCGGAGCAGAAGCACCCGCAAAGCGCCUCGUCCUUUUUGUCGGAGACGGUCUACGUGCCGACAAAGCCUUUCAGUCAUUUCCGGACCCCUCACCGCCAGCUGGCCUCAGUCCGGAAGAUAACGUGCCCAUCCAUCUUGCGCCUUUUGUCCGCUCGCGUGUGCUGAACCACGGCACUUUCGGAGUCUCGCACACUCGCGUUCCCACCGAGUCCCGACCGGGCCAUGUUGCGCUCAUCGCCGGACUAUACGAGGAUGUCUCCGCGGUUAUGACGGGGUGGAAGCUAAAUCCGGUCAACUUCGAUAGUGUUUUCAAUCGCAGUCGGCAUACUUGGAGCUGGGGCAGUCCGGAUAUCCUGCCUAUGUUCAGGGAUGGUGCGGUUCCCGGCCGCGUUGAUGCAGAUACCUACGACGAAGAUGACGAAGAUUUUACUAGCGACGCUACACAUUUGGAUAUAUGGGUGUUUGACAAGGUCAAGGAGCUGUUCGCCGAGGCCAGGAAGGAUCCCGCGCUCCAUGCCAAGUUGAGAGAGGACAAGAUUGUCUUCUUCCUCCAUCUACUUGGGCUAGAUACAACCGGGCAUGGAUUUCGGCCUUACUCGAAAGAGUACCUACACAAUAUCAAGAUCGUCGACCAGGGGGUCAAGGAGAUCACCCAAUUGAUCGACAGCUUUUACAACGAUGGAAAGACGGCGUACGUAUUCACUGCAGAUCAUGGUAUGAGCGACUGGGGCAGCCAUGGCGAUGGCCAUCCCGACAACACCCGCACCCCACUUGUGGUCUGGGGCUCUGGUGUCGCGCAACCCCAGCGCUUGGAGGAUGAUCAAGUCACUGGGCACGAGGAUGGGUACUCUUCCGAUUGGGCACUGGAUCAUAUCCCCCGGCACGACGUGGAGCAGGCCGAUGUGGCCGCUCUGAUGGCCUAUCUAGUUGGAUUGGACUUUCCAGUAAACUCUGUCGGUCGACUGCCACUCGAGUAUAUCGAUGCCACCCCGCGAGAAAAGGCCUUAGCGUCUUGGGCGAACACCCAGGAAGUUCUAGAAAUGUACAGAGUCAAAGAAGCACAAAAGAGCGAGAAUCAAUUAAAGUUCACGCCCUUUGCACCGCUGAGCCAUGUGAAACUUGCCGCGCAUGUCUCGGAGAUUGAACAGCUACUCUCCGAAGGCAAGUUUGCAGAGUCGAUUGAUGCGUCCGCCCAGCUCUUUACAACGGCUUUGGCAGGCCUUCGAUAUCUCCAGACAUAUGAUUGGCUAUUCCUCCGAGCGAUUGUUUCUGCGGGCUACUUGGGCUGGAUUGCGUAUGCGAUCACGACCGUUAUCGACCUCCAUGUCCUGCACGGAUCGUCCGAGCCGCAUAGGACAUGGUUCAGUAGCUCUGUUUUCAUCUCAAUUCUCGUCGGUUUGUUCUCUUCUUUUAUAUACCAAGGCUCCUCUUGGAGAUACUAUGCAUAUGCAGUGUUUCCAGCUUUUUUCUGGGAAGAGGUAUUUGCUCGCAGGAAAGCGUUGGUAGCUGGCCGUGAGAUUCUCCUGGGCCAUGUAAAAUCCAUUGGCGGGUACAUUUGGUUUGCUCUCCAAACUGCAGCUUUUGUUGGCAUUUUGGAGGCACUUGUCCAAUCAUACUUCCACCGAGAAAUAUACACUGUAUGCUUUAUCGUUGCAGUAUUCUGGCCUUUAUCCUCGGGCAUUGGAUUUGUGUCCCAGCACCGUCUGCUUUCGGCAACUUGGGCAGUUGGUUGUUUGGCCAUGAGCGUGUUUACGCUUUUGCCGGUUAUCAAGGUCGAGAGCGUCACAGCAAUCACUAUUGCCGGAUUGUUGAUAUUUGUGACUGGUCUGCUUUAUCUCAUUUUUGAGGAGACGUUUGCGCGGGGAUCAGGACAUGCGAUCAGUGUGUCAGGGGCUCGCACUAUUAUGGGGGCACAGGUCGGCAUGAUUCUUUUGGCCGUGAUUGUGACGCGAUCCAGCAUAAUUUCAUUGCAGGCCAAGGAAGGUCUGCCCCUGGGGAACCAGGUCACUGGGUGGGCUGUGCUCGUGUCAUCACUCGCCAUUCCCUUUGCGCACCGGGUGUAUCCGAAUAGCUCUUACUUGCACCGGCUGGUGAUGAUCUACUUGACAUUUGCGCCGACAUUUGUCAUUCUCACUAUUUCCUACGAGGGACUGUUUUACUUUGUGUUCUGCAUGACCCUGGCCACCUGGGUGCACAUGGAACACGCUCUUUACGCGUACGCGAAGCAGCAGCAGCCAUUGGCAGCGUCAGAUAAAAAGACGUCCAAAACGGUAGUCAAAGGCGAAACAUUCGAGUUCCGCACCCUCAGCGUUUCAGACUUGCGCGUGGCGCUCUUCUUCUUCUUCCUGCUGCAAUCAGGCUUCUUCAGCACGGGCAACAUUGCCUCCGUCUCCUCAUUCUCACUAGACAGCGUGAACCGGCUGAUCCCCGUGUUCAACCCGUUCAGCCAGGGGGCGCUUCUAAUCCUAAAAAUCAUGAUCCCGUUUGCCCUGAUCAGCACGAAUUUGGGGAUCCUGAACCGCAAGCUCGAAGUCGCGCCCAGCGCGCUAUUCAUGGUGGUCAUGACAAUCUCGGACAUUUCGACGCUCAAUUUCUUUUACAUGGUGCGUGACGACGGCUCGUGGCUCGAGAUUGGCACGACUAUUAGCCACUUUGUCAUUGCAAACUUGCUAUGUUUCUUUGUGGCGGGGCUGGAGUUUGUGAGUGAGGCGUUUGUCAGUGGCAUUGAUUUCGCUGUCGAUCAUCCUCAAAGCAAUACUAAUAGCAUUAAUAAUGGUACCCCGGAUGAUGCUCAGCAUUCCCCCAGACAGUCGGGCAAAGCCGGAAGAGGGGGACAACCAUCAGGAACAGCUAGUGCUGCUAAAUCUUGA